CGGCAAUGAUUUGAGUUUGGUGUUGUUUUCGCUUGCUCUGUUGUCGUUGUCAAAGGAUUCUUUGAAUUGAUCCGUUGUUGCUGUGUCCUUUCAGUAAUGGAUCACUAACCAAUGCUAAUAUUGCCAUUUUUUGUUGCUCUGAUUUGAUUUAUCUAUUUGUGUGAUUAGAAUUCAUCUGCUUCUAUGGCUCAUUUGAAUGUUCGUUUGAUUUCUUCUUGCAAAAAUAAAAAUAAAAAUUGGGUGUUUAUUUCCAUUUGCGAGGAUUUGAGUUGUUAGGAAUUGGUGAUGGAGACCAAAGCUGUGAUCAAUACUAGUACUCCUAAACAAAAAGGAUUGUUGCAAACCGCAGAGUUGUACAAGUAUAUAAUGGGUACUAGCGUGUAUCCACGAGAACAACAAUGUCUCAAGGAGCUCAGAGCUAUCACAUCCACUCAUCCAAGGGCUGUGAUGGGUACGGCACCUGAUGUGGGACAGUUUAUGGCCUUGCUUUUAAAGGCAAUCAACGCGAAAAAGACGAUUGAAAUUGGAGUUUUUACUGGAUAUUCCCUUCUCGUAACUGCCCUCACAAUUCCAGAUGAUGGAAAGAUCACGGCCAUAGACAUGAACCGAAGCUCGUACCUGAUUGGAUUACCUAUCAUCGAGAAGGCCGGGGUGGAGCACAAGAUCAAUUUUAUCGAGUCCGAGGCUCUUCCGGCUCUUGAUCAGUUGCUGAAAGAUCCUGAGAAUAAGGGGACGUUCGACUUUGCCUUUGUUGAUGCUGAUAAAGCUGACUAUGCAAAUUACCAUGAGAGAGUGUUGGAGCUUCUGAAACCGGGUGGUAUUGCUGUUUACGAUAACACCCUUUGGCAAGGGACGGUGGCGAUGGAUGAGGGUUCGGUUCCGGAGAGCAAGCUGGUGACGAGGAAAGAUUCGAUAGGGUUUAACAAGUACAUUGCAGGUGACGCUAGAGUGCAAAUCUCUCAAGUCCCUCUUGGUGAUGGGAUCACUAUCUGUCGCCGCAACUGAAAUUCUUCAUCUUUUGGAUGAUGCUCCUCAUCAAGCAUUUCAAUAUGUCGGAAUAAAUUGUUAAGUGAUUGUUGUUGGAUGCUCUGCAAAUUAUUAUAUGAUAUGAUAUGAUAUGAUAUGGUUUUGUUGCAUUCCCUCUAAUUUUGGUGUGGUUUGAGUCUGUAAAAUGAAUAUAUAUGAUUCAUUGGGUGCACCUAUGCAUCUAAGUUUGGAUCAUUGCAAGUUUGUGGUUUAGUUUGGUGUGAUUUGACAUCAAAACUGAAAUAAAUUGUAAGCUAUAUACGAUUUAGUGAUUAAUUUUGUGAAAUCAAA